GCAGGGGGAAAGUGUUGGAGAGCGGACUGCGAGUUUCCAUUUGAUGGUAGAUGCGCCUCUGCGAGUCUUUACACGGCUGGAAGUAUCUGUCAAACUCCUGAGGGAUCUGGUGAAGAAUGGAGUGGUAUGUCCUGGUGCUGAUGCUGAGCUUGCCGCCCUCCAUCCACACAGAUUGCUCUUCACAGUGCCAGAAAUGUGCGCAGCAAAUCCUCAGCUCCGACGGCGCGUUCAGCAGCCUGUCCUGCGGUGCGGAGUGUGAGGCGCAACUGCAGAGCUGCGGCCAGGCUCCGGGGCUGGCGGACUUCAGCCAGGAUGAAGCUUCGGAGGAGGAGGAGAGCCAGCACGCAGACCUGGUGAAACGCUACGGCGGCUUCAUCAAGAGGAUCGACAAGAACAAGAACAAAAUCUUCACCUCGCCUUGGCGCGAAAAUUACAUCCUAAAAGCCGGAGCGCUGCCCAAGAAAUACGAGGACUUGCUGAAGAGGCUGGAGGAGAGAGACGCAGACGCGCCGGAGGACGCAGACGAGGCUCCGGAGGAUCAGGCGCUCCACAGUUAUGUUAAACGUUACGGCGGCUUUUUACGCAAAUUCGGCCCCAAGUCAAAGAGGAGUAGCUCGGCGGAGCAGGAGAGCCAGGAGCCCGAGGAGCUGCAGAAGCGCUACGGGGGCUUCAUGAGGAGGAUCCGACCAAAGUUGAACAACCUGAAGUGGGACAAGCGGUACGGAGGCUUUCUGCGCCGCCACUUCAAAAUCUCUGUGCGCUCAGUGGAGGAGCCGUAUUACUCCUACGACGACCUGAGCCUAUAGACGAACCCUGCCGAGGCAGAGGAACUAGAGGGAACUGGUUCACUUGAAAUGCCAACAUUUAUCCAGAAAGUAUCAUAUGCCUGCCGAUCUGCUUGUAGCCUACUCAGUUGC